AUGGGUGGCUCUCAGGAGCUCAGUGAAUUCAACCGUGGUACCGUGAUAGCUUGCCACCUGUGCAAUAAGUCCAUCUGUGACAUUUCCUUGCUACUAAAUAUUCCAGUCAACUGUAAGUGGUAUUAUAACAAGUGGAAGCAACUGGAAGAACAGUAGCUCAGCCACGAAGUGAGCAGGGUCAGCGCAUGCUGAAGAGUCAAUAGCUAAAGACCUCCAACCUUCAUGUGGCCUUCAGAUUAACACAACAACAGUGCAUAGAGAGCUUCAUG